GGAAAUUGGAGAUUUUCUUGAGACUUACUCCAUCAGAGUUCUCGUCACCCGCUGCUUAUAAUUAGAGCGAAGAAGGCGAAGGGAUCAUUUUCGUUCGUCGGAAGAACUAGUGGAGAAGUUAAACAAUGGCUGCAUCAGCCAUGGUUCUCGAUCCAAAGCCAUCUUUGGAACCUCCACCAUCUUUCCCUUCUUCAAGAUCUGACCCAUACGGAUUUUCCGACCUGUCAUCAUUUUCCGACGAGGACGAUUUAUAUGGCCGCCUCAAAUCUUUGCAGCGCCAGCUCGAGUUUAUCGACAUUCAAGAAGAAUACGUGAAGGACGAGCAGAAAAACUUGAAGCGAGAGCUUCUUCGUGCCCAAGAGGAGGUGAAGAGGAUCCAAUCGGUUCCUCUCGUUAUUGGGCAGUUUAUGGAGAUGGUCGAUCAGAACAAUGGUAUUGUUGGAUCAACUACUGGCUCGAAUUAUUAUGUUAGGAUUCUUAGUACUAUUAAUCGGGAGCUGUUGAAGCCUUCAGCAUCAGUGGCUUUGCAUCGCCACUCCAACGCCCUCGUUGACGUGUUGCCACCUGAAGCUGACUCGAGUAUCUCGUUAUUGAGCCAGUCUGAGAAGCCGGAUGUUACCUAUAAUGAUAUAGGGGGAUGCGACAUUCAAAAACAGGAAAUCCGUGAAGCUGUUGAGUUACCUUUGACCCAUCAUGAGCUGUACAAACAAAUUGGAAUAGAUCCUCCCCGAGGAGUGUUGUUAUAUGGUCCACCUGGCACGGGUAAAACGAUGCUUGCCAAGGCUGUAGCUAAUCAUACUACCGCAGCCUUCAUAAGAGUGGUUGGCUCAGAAUUUGUUCAAAAGUAUUUGGGUGAGGGUCCAAGAAUGGUUCGUGAUGUUUUUCGUCUUGCCAAAGAGAAUGCUCCUGCGAUUAUAUUUAUAGAUGAAGUGGAUGCUAUUGCAACAGCUCGGUUUGAUGCUCAAACUGGAGCAGACAGAGAAGUCCAACGAAUCCUUAUGGAACUCCUCAAUCAGAUGGAUGGGUUUGAUCAGACAGUGAACGUGAAGGUAAUAAUGGCAACUAACCGGGCUGAUACUCUGGAUCCUGCACUUCUUCGACCUGGUAGACUUGACCGGAAAAUUGAAUUCCCUCUGCCUGAUAGACGACAAAAGAGACUUGUUUUCCAGGUCUGCACCGCUAAGAUGAACUUAAGUGAUGAGGUGGACUUGGAAGACUAUGUUUCUCGACCAGAUAAAAUUAGUGCUGCCGAGAUUACAGCAAUUUGUCAGGAAGCAGGAAUGCAUGCAGUGCGCAAGAAUCGGUAUGUUAUCCUCCCCAAGGACUUUGAAAAGGGUUAUCGGGCCAAUGUGAAGAAGCCUGAUACCGACUUUGAGUUCUACAAAUGAAGAGGCCUUCAAGCAAACUCUAGCACCCCUUGGGUGCUACUGUUUACGCAUUCUUGCUUUCUGCGUCAAAUACGUAGCCAGUCGAAAAGCUCGAGGAUAUCUGUAUAAUUUGAAUAUUACUACCAGGUUUUUUUUUUCCAAAAAUCGUGUGAAAUGCUUUCUGGAAUUCUAAAUCAGUAAAAACAAAUCUUGAUUCUCCUUAUUCUAUGCAUGUCUAUUACCAUGGAACAGUGAUGGAGAUCUAGGAACUCAAUGUAUAAAGGGGGAGUAAUGAUGACUUUAGAUUUUGUAUUUAUCAAAGCCUUCGAAACCGAUGGUUGCUUGGUUUGCCUAUGAGAAACAUUUGAACUUUCUUUAGCA